GAAGACAUCAAGUCUCAAAAGAAAACCAGUCCGGUUUCCAGUUUGAGCUUAGCUUUAAGGUGUCAAGCAUAUCUGUUGAAUUCCCUUUCACUCCCUAUGAUGCGCCUCCCUUCCCCAACUGCAGCUUCUGUACUGUUGUUGUCCCAUGAAGUCAUACCCCAUUUCCCUUUCCUUUUCCCUUUCCCUUUCCCCAGCUCAACGCUACACUUAUUAGUUUAGCUUUUCCAAAUAUAUAUAAAUAUACAUGGAUCUUGGUGCGGUGGGUUUGAAUGGCUUGGUUGGUUCAGACACCACUGGAUUUCCUCCUCCACUUGCUUCAGAUCCUCAAACAAAGCACAAGUGGUACGGAUCUGGGUUCCUUAAUAAGCAAGAGAGAUCUGACACCACUGAACAUGACUGGAGCAUCUCCAAACUUCCCAAGACUACUCAUGAUGAUGACAUCUCUGCUUCCAGAACAAUGCCGUUCCACCAUCACAACAACUUACUGAGAUCUAAUGCCACUCUCUUUUCUGAUGCUCACCACCAACCUCAAAUGCUCAGCUUCUCUUCUCAGAAGUCUGAACCUUUGCUAGUGGAGAAGCCUUCCCCAAAUGCCACAUUCCCAUAUUCUUUCCACCCUCUAUCUAGUUACAACAAAAAUACAGGUUACAGUUCUGGGAACAUGCAUGGGAUUUUAACCGGAACAAGAGGGCCAUUCACUCCAUCUCAGUGGAUGGAGCUAGAACACCAAGCCCUGAUCUUUAAGUACAUAACAGCCAAUGUACCCGUACCAUCUCAUUUCCUCGUCCCCAUCAAGAAAGCGCUUGAAUCUGCCGGCUUCUAUAACUUCUCAAGCUCACUUCUCAGAUCGAAUAAUGCCGUGGGAUGGGGAGGUUUUCAUCUUGGAUUCUCGAACAACACUGAUCCUGAGCCAGGAAGGUGUAGGAGAACAGAUGGAAAAAAAUGGCGGUGUUCGAGAGAUGCCGUAGUGGAUCAGAAGUAUUGCGAGCGGCAUAUGAACAGAGGACGCCAUCGUUCAAGAAAGCCUGUGGAAGGCCAAUCAGGCCAUGCCGUCACCGGAACUACUCCUCCAACUACUACAACAACCACAAAUGCCACUUCUUUAACAACCAUGCAUAGUAACAACAAUACAGUAAUACACAGAAGCACGGCAUCCAACAACCUCAGCAUUGCACAGCACCAAACUAAGAAUAUGCAGCCUAUUGCAUCUGAUACUUCUGUGCCUAACAAUGUCAACAGGAUAAUUAUGAAUAACAAGGAGAAUGGCAGCGAGAGAAUCCCAGACACUGAUGCACUUCCUAUGUUGCCUGCCCCUCUUGAACUGAAGCCAAAGGAGACCCCCUUUGUGAUUCACAAACAGCGGGUCCCAUAUGAGGAAUCGUCGAGGAACGAGUUUGGGCUUGUCACGUCUGAUUCCCUACUUAACCCUUCACAGAAAAACUUCACCUUGUUGAGCAGGAGAAGCUUUGGUUCAUCACAAAACACAAGUAACCAAGAAACUGAUUCACAACAUUCCCUCAGACAAUUCAUCGAUGACUGGCCUAAACCCAAAACUCAGUCUCAUUGCUCAGGUGUUUCGUGGCCCGAACUUGACAUGCAAUCAGAGAGGACAGAAUUGUCAAUUUCAAUCCCAAUCACAUCCUCGGAUUUCAUGUCAUCCACUUCCUCUCCCACCAAUGACAAGGUAACAUUGUCACCCCUUAGGCUAUCAAGGGAACUAUACCCAAUUCAGAUGGGUUUGGGUGUUGGAAAUGCUAAUGCUAUUAACGAGUCAUCAAAUAGUAGUAGGCAAACUAAUUGGAUUCCAAUUGCAUGGGAGAGUUCAAUGGGGGGUCCUCUUGGAGAGGUUUUGAAUCUUAGCAAUAACAAUAAUGCAAGUGAUCACUGUGUCAAAAACAACUCGGCCCUUAACCUCAUGAGUGAUGGGUGGGACAAUAGUCCUCCCAUAGGGUCUUCUCCCACUGGGGUUUUGCAAAAGACAGCAUUUGGAUCUUUAUCUAAUAGCAGUGCUGGGAGUAGUCCAAGGGCAGAGAAUAAGACCCAAGAAGGAGCCAGUUUGUGCAAUGACCUACUCGGUUCAACUCUAGGGAACUCUUCUUCCUUGCCUGCAUUGUAACAACACUGUAGAAGCACUUUCCCUUGAUUGUGAUGAAGCCACCAAGGAGUUGAAGGACAGACAACUUUUUUUUUACUGUGCUGACUUUAUUUAUUAGCUCAGUUUUUUUUUCCGCUCCCUAAUAUGGGUAAUCUUAGAAUUUGGGAAAAAAAAGAAUGUUCUUAAUCUUAGCCUCAUAACUUGUUUGUGUAGGUUUUGCGUUAAUUGGCUUUGUGUUUGUUCAUGUUUUGUGUUCUGUGCGCGUUUUGGUAAGUUUGUAUUCAACGGUACUGGAUUUGGUUGGUGUGUGGACUUGGUUUUUUAAGGAGAUGGCCAGAUUUAGGUCAUGUGGGGACUCUGAUUGCGUGACGUAGCAGUAAGUAUUAAUGAGUGUUACUAAC